UUUCAAAUUAGUUUUGCUUUCUUUGGAUAGACGCCCAGAAGUGGAAUUGUUGGGUCCUGAUGGUAGGCAAUCCUCCAAAGGUUAAGUCACAGAGGGCAGUUAUGUUGGCAAUCGAUUUGCCAGUGACUCUCCUGAAAGAUACACUGGAUCUUUAUUUCCCAAGGACCACUCAUUCAGCAUUGUUGAGCAACUAACUUGUGAGGGGACUGCACAGGAAACGGGGUUUGCAAAGAUGAAAAGAGCAGUUCCUGUCUUUAAGCAAUUUUAGUCUUUAAAACAGAACAUCCUAAGAGAUAGGUAUAAAGUGCCCAGUAGCUAAAAAGAGAAAGCAGCAACUAGAAGCUUGGAAGAGUCCUCAGGACCCCACAGAGGAAGUGAGCGGUGAUCCGAAGGACAGAAUUUUGAUGGGCUUUUGUAUCUUUUAAAAAUAAAUGAAAAUGUGAAAUAGAUCGUCCAGAAAGGAAAGGGUUGGGAUGAAGGUUGAAAUUUUAUGUGAAAGGUUUAAAACACAUUUAACUGGAGCAGGAACAUACACAGACAAGUGUCUGUAAUUGUCAGGAAAUAAGGUCCAGACGACAAAUGAGUAAUAAAUGAUCAAACUAAAUUCGCCCUUGUGGAAUCUUCUUCAGGACUUGCAUUUACUGCAUUCAACCCACGUCUGAUUUUGCACAGCAUAGGGAGAAGGCUACUUUCACUGUUCUAAACCCUUUUCUCCCCUCGCCCCCUGUAGUUUUAGGACUGUGUGAGGUAUAUCCGCAGGGAUUUUAGACGUUUCCUUCAUUUUCCUUUUGAAGACAAGUAAUAAAAGCAUUUAAAUUAGCGGGAAGGCGGUUAACACCCGCAGCCCUAAAACCACUGCACGACUCGUCGCCCGCCUGGGUUCACUCCUCCGCGCCACGCCUCAGGUUAGCCUAAUAGCGUUAACGGCCUGGGGGAAGCAACCGCUCCCGGGAGGCGCGAGGCGAGCGUUGCGCGGUCGGGACUCGCAGGCCAGUGUCGAGUUCAGAAAGAAGGUGCAGGGAGGGGGACGAGGCCGGGCAGUGGGAUUUUGACGAACAGCUCUUAUAGCCAAUUGGAAGCCUGGUCGACUUUCCCCCUGCCAAUAGGGAGCGAGAUCCAGGCUGGGGGGGCGCUUCCCGGGGGCUGCGGCUGGAUUCAAUCCUGCGCGGCGACAGUGAAGGCGGGGGCGGAGGCUCGGCCUGGGCGGCGGGGAGCGGAUAGGGGGGGGAGGAGGGAAGACCGGAAGCCACGGUCGCGUCCCAUCCUUAGGUUCGCUCCCCCGGGCUGGGAGCGGAGACCGUGGAGCGAGAAGAGGCUGAAUGUUGGCUCCUUAAUAAAGGGGAGAGGCCGCUCCGGAGCGCUGUCGCAUCCCGCUCGCUCUCGGCACCCACCUGGCUUCUGGGCGCGCGGCCCCUGCGGACGGCCGGGCUGCGCAGACGUCGCUGAAGAGGCGCUGCCCACGGCGGGGACCGACCCGCGGCGUCCAAGGCCCGCGCCACGCCGCCACCCCCACCCGCUUGCCCGCCGGUCCCUCCGGUCGCCGCCAUGUCCUCCUCCUCAUCCUCCCCCAGGGAGACGUACGAGGAGGACCGCGAGUACGAGAGCCAGGCCAAGCGCCUCAAGACCGAGGAAGGGGAGAUCGACUACUCGGCCGAGGAAGGCGAGAACCGCCGGGAAGCGACGCCGCGGGCCGGAGGCGAUGGCGGCGGCGGCGGCCGGAGCUUCUCACAGCCGGAGGCAGGUGGAAGUCAUCAUAAAGUUUCUGUUUCACCUGUGGUCCAUGUUCGAGGACUCUGUGAAUCUGUGGUGGAAGCCGACCUUGUGGAGGCUCUGGAAAAAUUUGGGACGAUAUGCUAUGUGAUGAUGAUGCCAUUUAAACGACAGGCUCUAGUGGAAUUUGAGAACAUAGACAGUGCCAAAGAAUGUGUGACAUUUGCUGCAGAUGAACCUGUGUACAUUGCUGGUCAACAGGCUUUUUUCAACUAUUCUACAAGCAAAAGGAUCACUCGGCCAGGAAAUACUGAUGAUCCAUCAGGAGGCAACAAAGUUCUUCUGCUAUCAAUUCAGAAUCCUCUUUAUCCUAUUACGGUGGAUGUUUUAUAUACUGUAUGCAACCCGGUUGGAAAAGUGCAACGUAUCGUUAUAUUCAAGAGAAAUGGGAUACAAGCAAUGGUUGAGUUUGAAUCAGUCCUUUGUGCCCAGAAAGCUAAAGCAGCACUCAACGGAGCAGAUAUAUAUGCUGGAUGUUGCACACUAAAAAUCGAAUAUGCAAGGCCAACUCGCCUAAAUGUUAUUAGGAAUGACAAUGACAGUUGGGACUACACUAAACCAUAUUUGGGAAGACGAGAUAGAGGAAAGGGUCGCCAGAGACAAGCCAUUUUGGGAGAACACCCUUCUUCGUUUAGACAUGAUGGCUAUGGAUCCCAUGGUCCAUUAUUGCCUUUGCCAAGUCGUUACAGAAUGGGCUCUCGAGAUACUCCUGAGCUUGUUGCGUACCCAUUACCGCAGGCUUCCUCCUCUUACAUGCAUGGAGGAAAUCCCUCUGGUUCGGUAGUGAUGGUUAGUGGGUUACAUCAGCUAAAAAUGAAUUGUUCAAGAGUCUUCAACUUAUUCUGCUUAUAUGGAAAUAUUGAAAAGGUAAAAUUUAUGAAGACUAUUCCUGGUACAGCACUGGUAGAAAUGGGUGAUGAAUAUGCUGUAGAAAGAGCUGUGACACACCUUAACAAUGUCAAAUUAUUUGGGAAAAGACUUAAUGUUUGUGUAUCUAAACAACAUUCAGUUGUUCCAAGUCAAAUAUUUGAGCUGGAGGAUGGUACAAGUAGCUACAAAGAUUUUGCAAUGAGCAAAAAUAAUCGCUUUACAAGUGCUGGCCAAGCAUCUAAGAAUAUAAUCCAGCCACCCUCAUGUGUGCUGCAUUAUUACAAUGUUCCGUUGUGUGUCACAGAAGAGACCUUCACAAAGUUGUGUAAUGACCACGAAGUUCUUACAUUCAUCAAAUAUAAAGUGUUUGAUGCAAAACCUUCUGCCAAAACACUUUCUGGGCUAUUAGAGUGGGAAUGUAAAACUGAUGCAGUAGAAGCCCUUACAGCACUUAAUCACUACCAGAUAAGAGUUCCAAAUGGUUCCAAUCCCUACACGUUGAAACUUUGCUUUUCUACAUCAUCCCAUUUAUAAGAAGAGAAGAGCAUGUUAGAAUUUAUGUUCACCUUUAUUACAAUUUUAAAGCUAUACUUCGUUUAAAACAAUCUAAAAUGGUUGACCUAAUGUUGCCUUGCUUACUUUGACUUAAGAUCCUGUUCUGUAAUAAAUAUUUUGCCUUGAGUAAAUUUGUUGUAAACUUACAUAUGGAAUUGUUUUCAUUUUAAAAUAGAAUAUCAUAAUGUAGACUAUCUACAGCUUCCUUGUAGAUUAUGCAAAUAUAUGAUUUCUAAUCUUAUUAUUUUUCUUCCACAGUGAAAAUAUAUUUGCAUUCUUAAUGCUAAUCUGCAAGUAUUUUUCCAUUGUGUAUGAGAUUAAUGCAGGUGAAAGUAUUGCAUUUUAAUAUAGAAUUCCUAUUAUAUGUUUAGAUGUUUAAGUAUGUUGCAGUUAUUCAUAUUAAACAUAACUUGUAUUUAUUAAGUAUUUUAAUCAAGUUUGAGAAUAACAUUACACAUUAAGUUUUAAGUACUACAGGUUUAGUUGAUUUUGUAUUUCUGAAAGGCUAACAGACAUAUGGAUACACUUGUACAGUAUGAACUCAAACUUAUUUAAAUUGGUGUGGUUUUUUUUAAAGUCAUUUUCCAUUUGUAUUGACAUGCCUCUGUUUCUAGUUCCAGUUUGGAGGUUUUAUAAAGUUACAACAAUGAGUUAAUGUGUUCAUCUUCAUUGGUUGCAUGUGACUUGACCUUGAAAACACAUCUGGUAUUUGGCAUUGAGAUUUUAAUAGAAGUUAUGAUUAACAGUUUCUCCUUUAGAUAAUCUGAGAUCCAUAGAUGGUCUUUAGGGAGUCUGUGAAUCCUCUAAAAUUGUAUGUAGAAUUUUGGGUACUGCAUUUUUAUUUUUUACUCUUAAAUUCAUCAGUAAUAUAUGUAUUUUUCUAUAUGGUGCAAGGUAU